GUUUACAAUUCAAAAGUAGUUUAUAUAACUAAAAAUGUUGCUAUUAAUGAAAAGGCAGCAUCAGAAAUCUUGCUUGCGUUUAAAUGUACAACAAAGAUCGUAGGAGGAAAGGGAAAACCAGUAUUAAGCGCAAUUCUACAACGAAUUACUUUUGAUAUGUUGAUUUCUUAUACAAAUAAAUAUUUUAUUAAACCACCUCAACCAAAACCAAAACAUACGCAGCCGGUACCACCAAAUCAACAAUCAUAUCCACAACAACAACCUCAAUAUAAUUCAAGAAAUUCUAUUUCACCUAUUGAUGAUACUUAUCUUGAAGCAGAAAUUGUAAGCCAAAUGUCAACAUUAUGUAAAUUAAUUGGUCGACUUGCCCAAACGAGAAAAGGAAGUGACGAAAUCUCACGCGUAGCACCCAUAAAAGUUCGACAACAAAUUUAUUCAGUAUUAGGAUCACGAGGAUUUUGCAAAGAUAAUCAUCAAACAAUUGAUAAAAUGGCAAAAUAUAUCUUUGAAAAUGCAUUAAAAUAUCGGCAAUUUAAUAGCGAUGAAAAACAUAGAGAAUUCUGUUAUAAAGCAGUAGACGUAGUUAAAAAGUUUGUACAUUUAUAUUUUAGGUUACAAGCACAAGAACCUGUACCGGAAUAUUCGUAUUUUUUUGAAGCUGGUGUACCUUUACAAAAUAGUGUUAUGGAUGGGUCGUGGGAUGAUGAAAACAUGGAUAAUUUAGAAGUUGAGAUCUGCUCAUUUCCUUUGAUUAGUAUUAAAAGCAAAGAUAAUAGUAGGAAAAUACUUUCCAAGGCAGUG